UGCUCAGCUUGGCAGAGGGUGUGUCACAGCUAAGAGAGGUAUAAAAGAGCUCGCAGCUUCCCCUCACGGCAGUUCAAGUUGAGACACCACAGUAUGAAGGUCUUGGUAGCAGCAUUCGCCCUCGUGGCCACACUUGCAGUGACUGGGAGCGCUGAGCCCCUCCCAGAAGCUGACCCGGGUUUCCAUGGAGGAUUUGGAGGCUUCGGCGGCAGAUCCCAUGGAGGAUUUGGCGGCUAUGGUGGUCAUGGUGGCUACCGCGGCAAGAGAAGCGCCGAGGCCGAAGCUCUGGCUGACCCUGAGGCUGAUCCCAGUGCUGGUCAUCUAAACUAUGGAGGCUAUGGUGGUUAUGGUGGCUUCCAAGGAGUUGGCCGCCAGCACCACUAUGGCAAAAGGAGCGCUGAUGCAGACCCCGAACCUGGCCAUAGUCGCUUUGGAGGCUUUGGAGGGCACGGUGGUGGCUUUGGUGGCUUCAGUAGAUAUGGAGGAUACGGACGAUAAUGUAGCCUUAUCAGAUUGUGAUCAGUGUUGACAGUGACGGCAACUUCUGUAUCAUUCCCAACUGAACAAUAGUAAUAAACUUUGCAGCUGUAUA